AUGCGAGCAAAGGUCGAUAAACUUGUUGAACAAGAAAUGAAAAAACGUCCAGCUAGUUUAAAACGCGAUCAAGUAUUGAAUUUUCCAGCAAAUUUCGAAUUCUUCAAAGAUUCGCCAGUUCUUACAACAGAAUAUCAGCGUGUUCAACAAGGUAAACCUAUUGCCGAAAUGGAUACAAGUAGAUAUAAAUUAGCAGAGCCUGAGGAUAAAGAAGAUCAAGAAGGUUGGAAAAAAGCUGUUGAUAAUUCCAAAGCACAACUACAACAUCAAAAUUUACGACUUCAUAAUUAUCAAUUAGAACAUGAGUUGCAGCAGUAUCAAAAGAUUAUGGAAGAAUAUAAGCAAGAAAUUUUAGAUUUGAAUAAACAGAGAAAAUCUGAACAGCUUCAAGCGGGGAAUCAAAUUGAAGCAUUGAAUAAUAAAUGGAAUGAGAUGAUAGGCCAGACUCUUCAAGUUGAAGUUGCUUGCGCUUCAUUAGAAGUUGAGACAUUAAAUAGAUAUUUAGAAGUUGAAUAA